GUUCAGGAUGAACUCCGUUCAGUUUCUCGUGUCUCUCUCUGACGAUGGACACUCGGAUCUUCACCCUGCAUGUCCUGACGCUCUGCUGCCUCAUGCACGGCUCCCUGCAGGGCGUCCACCAGCGGCGUCUCUACAAGGAGCUGAUGAGGAACUACAACCCGUUAGAGCGACCGGUCAACAACGACUCCCACAGUCUGACCGUCCACUUCAGCUUCAGCCUGCUGCAGAUCAUGGACGUGGACGAGAAGAACCAAGUCCUGACCACCAACAUCUGGCUGCAGCUGUACUGGACCGACUUCUACCUGCAGUGGAACCUGUCCGACUAUCCAGGUGUGACCAACGUCAGGUUCCCCGACAACCAGAUCUGGAGGCCCGACAUCCUUCUGUACAACAGUGCCGAUGAAAGGUUCGAUGCCUCCUUCCACACCAACAUCCUGGUUAACUCCACCGGAUACUGCCAGUACCUGCCACCAGGAAUAUUUAAGAGCACCUGUUACAUCGACGUUCGCUGGUUUCCGUUCGACGUGCAGCGCUGCGACCUGAAGUUCGGCUCGUGGACGUACGGCGGCUGGACUCUGGACCUGCAGAUGAUCGAGGCUGACAUCACCGGAUACAUCGCCAACGGGGAAUGGGACCUCGUGGAGGUUCCUGGACGGAGGAACGAGCGUUUCUACGACUGCUGUAAGGAGCCGUACCCUGACGUGACCUUCACCGUGGUGAUGAGGAGGAGGACGCUCUACUACGGACUCAACCUCCUCAUUCCCUGCGUCCUCAUCUCCACCCUCGCGCUCCUCGUCUUCCUGCUGCCCGCCGACUCCGGAGAGAAGAUCUCUCUCGGCAUCACGGUGCUGCUCUCUCUGACCGUCUUCAUGCUGCUGGUAGCCGAGAUCAUGCCGGCCACGUCAGACUCUGUUCCGCUCAUAGCUCAGUACUUUGCGACCACCAUGGUGAUCGUGGGUCUGUCGGUCAUCGCUACAGUUCUGGUUCUGCAGUAUCAUCACCACGACCCAGACGGGGGACACAUGCCACGAUGGACCCGUGUGGUUUUGCUGAACUGGUGCGCUUGGUUCUUGCGGAUGAGGCGUCCCGGCGAGGCCAAGAUUCGUCUUGCGUGCCACAACGCCACCAAGCGUCAGCGCGGCAGCCUGUCCAGCCUGGAGCUCAGCGUCAGUCAGGGCUCUCUGCGGCAUCACCCACAGGUGACCAACGGAAACCUGCUGUACGUGGGCUUCCGGGGCAUGGAGGGCUUACACUACGCCUCGCCCGCCGAGCCCGAGCUCCUCUGUUCGCGGCUGGUGGGAGGCGAGGAGGACGUGCUGAGAGGAGGGGGCGGCUCUGGAGGAAGGGGAGGAGCAGUAGGCGGCUCCGCCCUGGAGGUGGAGCUGAACCAGAUCCUGGAGGAGGUGAGGUACAUCGCCAGGCGUUUCCGUGGGCAGGACGAGGAGGAGACGGUCUGCAACGAGUGGAAGUUUGCAGCAGCGGUGAUAGACCGUCUGUGUCUGGUGGCGUUCUCGCUCUUCACCAUCCUGUGCACCAUCGGCAUCCUCAUGUCGGCUCCAAACUUUGUGGAGGCCAUUUCCAAAGAUUUCUUCAGCUGAUCCUGAUACCUGCUGUCGAACAGACCCAAACCAACAAUGCUGACUUCCUGUCCACGGGUUCCUACUUCCUACUUCUGUAAAAACAUCUCACGAAUAUGUAGUUUGAUUUUUUUAAAACUGUUCCAACAAAUUCCAGCAGUGACCCAGUUUACAGUGACGGUAACUGAAUAUUUAUUAAACAUGUAAAAUAAAGUCCUGAUCUUU